AUGAUCUCACGCUCGCUCGGUCCAGAGUUUGGAGGUGCUGUGGGGCUGUGCUUCUACUUGGGCACCACCUUUGCCUCUGCCAUGUACAUUUUAGGGGCAAUUGAAAUAUUCUUGAAAUAUCUGGUCCCUCAAGCAGCCAUUUUCCAUUCCACGGAGCCCCUUGGAAAUGACGGUGCCAUGCUUAACAACAUGCGGGUGUAUGGCUCGCUGUGCCUCAGCCUGAUGGCUGUGGUUGUUUUUGUUGGAGUCAAAUAUGUGAACAAGUUGGCUUCCCUUUUCCUGGCCUGUGUCAUUAUUUCGAUUGUUUCCAUUUACGCUGGGGCAAUCAAAUCCAUGACCCAUCCACCGGAAUUCCCGAUCUGCAUGCUGGGUAACAGGACUUUGGUGAGAGAUCGAUUUGAUGUGUGUGCCAAACCCGUGGUAAACGGAAACAUGACAGUACCCAGCCAGCUGUGGGACAGGUUCUGCCUACCAGGGAACAUGAGCAGUGCUCAGUGCGACGACUACUUCAUCCAGAACAACGUCACAGAGAUACAGGGCAUCCCCGGUCUGAGCAGUGGAAUUAUUAGAGGUUAA